CAUUAGUACACUAAUUGCACUCAUAACACUAUUUAUACGACUCAUAAUCAACAACAGGAGACAGACGCUUCUCUCGCUGGAAAGGAUCAGUGGUGGAUUCGGUGGUGGGGGUCUUCCUCACCCAAAAUGUCUCAGACCAUCUCUCAAGUUCUGCAUUCAUGGCCCUGGCGGCUCGAUUCCCUAACAAAUCACAAGUAAAUGUUAGGGCGCCAGUAGAGAUCUCAGAGGGGGAUGCGCCGUUGAAUCCAUCCGUUCAUGACGCCACUGAGCAUUCUGGACACAAGAUAACACAGUGGAGUGUCCCAGAAAUGACUCAGAGAACGGGGUUUAAUGAUAUGGUGGCAUCCCGAAGCUCUGGGGUUUCCCAAACUGGCGAAGCUUCAAACGGGCAGAACGAUGAGAAGAUGGGAUCCUGUUCGGGGGGCCACUCAGAAGUGGAGAAGAACACUUCUGUCAAUAUCACCCAGCAAGCAGAAAAUUCAACCAAGGUUCAGGAAGAAGCUGACACAAAAAGAGAUGAAGCAACUGAGAAGCUAACAUCUGGGGACCUGAAGAAUGGCAGCCCCAAAGAAAAUACUCAGGUCCCCCUCAGAGCAUCCACCUUCCCAACCCAGGAAUCCGUCCUCAGCUCAGAAAAUGAAAAGAGCAUGCCUUGCUGCCCAGACAACGGAGCUGAAAUGUCUCAAAGGUCUCACUCUCAAAGGAUUGUGGCUCCAGCACAGGCAACUGCUGGUGCCCACAAAAGUGAAGCAAGCAAUGAGGCCCGAGAGACAACUUCAGCCAAAAAAGACAGCAAGGGCAAAGGAAAAGAGCAAAAGGACGAAAUCAACUGGGAUAGCUUGCGAACAGCCGCGCAAGCUAAAGCAGGGAAGAGAGAGAAGACAUGGAACACCAUGGAUUCUCUCGACUGGGAUGCUGUGAGAUGUGCAGAUGUUAGCACAAUCUCAGAUGCGAUCAAAGAAAGGGGCAUGAACAACAGGCUCGCUGAACGCAUUCAGCUCUUCCUGAAUCGGCUGGUUGAAGAUCACGGUGAUAUUGACCUAGAGUGGCUGAGAGACGUCCCUCCGGACAAAGCAAAGGAGUUUCUGCUCAGUAUAAAGGGACUGGGACUGAAAAGUGUGGAGUGUGUGAGGCUCCUAACCCUGCACCACCUUGCCUUUCCUGUCGAUACCAAUGUUGGAAGAAUAGCAGUAAGACUUGGAUGGGUACCGCUGCAGCCACUUCCUGAGACACUACAGUUGCAUCUCCUGGAACUGUACCCCAUUUUGGAGACCGUACAAAAAUAUCUGUGGCCUCGUCUGUGCAAACUAGAUCAAAAAACAUUAUACGAGCUACAUUACCAGAUGAUUACAUUUGGAAAGGUCUUCUGCACAAAACACAAACCAAAUUGCAAUGCAUGUCCAAUGAAAGGGGAGUGUAGACACUUUGCUAGUGCUUUUGCAAGUGCAAGACUUGCCUUACCAGGGCCAGCGCAGACAAGUAUAGUCAGUACCUCCGGAAACAAUCCGACAGAUCAGAAUCCAACAGAUCAAAAUCUGAUGGAUCAGAAUCCGGCGGCAAACAUCGCUCAGUUGCACUUGCCCCUUCUUGAGAAUCCAAACCAAGGAGCAGAAAUUCUACAAGUAGAAGUUGCCAAACAGCUAAAAUCAAUAUCUGAUAAGAAUAUCUGCCAUCCUAUUAUUGAAGAGCCAACAACCCCAGAGGCAGAAUGCUCACAAGUACCAAUACAUGAUAUUGAGGAUGCCUUCUGGGAGCCACAGGAAAUUCCUCCCAUCGACCUUGAUCUAGAGGAGUUUACCCUGAAUUUAAAAAAUUAUAUGCAAGGAAAUAUGGAACUUCAAGAAGCGGAAAUGUCAAGGGCAUUGGUAGCUUUGACUCCAAAAGCUGCUAACAUUCCUAUGCCUAAGUUAAAGAAUGUGAACCGAUUACGGACAGAGCAUUGCGUUUAUGAACUCCCAGAUACGCAUCCUCUUCUGGAAGGGUGGGACAAACGAGAGGCAGAUGAUCCAGGCAAAUAUCUUCUUGCUAUAUGGGCUCCAGGGGAGACAGCAAAUUCUAUACAACCACCUGAAAGAAAAUGCAGCUAUCAAGAAAGUGGCCAACUCUGUAAUGAGAAAGAAUGCCUUUCCUGCAACAGUGUUCGGGAAGCAGAUUCGCAAACAGUUAGAGGGACAAUCCUGAUACCGUGUCGAACAGCUAUGCGAGGAAGGUUUCCGCUAAAUGGCACCUAUUUCCAAGUCAAUGAGGUAUUUGCUGACCAUGAAUCGAGUAAAAAUCCAAUCAGCGUUCCGCGAAGUUGGAUCUGGAACCUGAACAGGCGAACAGUAUAUUUUGGAACCUCUGUAACAUCAAUAUUUAAAGGUUUAACAACGCCUGAAAUUCAACAAUGUUUCUGGAGAGGGUAUGUCUGUGUGCGGGGAUUUGAUAGAGCAACUCGAGCACCGCGUCCUCUAAAAGCGAGACUGCAUUUCCCAGCAAGCAAGAUGGAGAAGGCCACAGGGACUACAAGGAAAAAGUCAACUGCCACAAAAUCAGAAGGGGCAAAAACAAACCCAGAACAACCAGAAGUGGUUUCUGGGAGCCAAAGUCUUCAGGAGGGGGGAAAACCAUAGAAAAUCCAUCCUUGUUCAUGUCAUAAUUAUCUUGUUCUGUAAAACUUAUCUUGUUCUGUAAAAUAUAUGUACCAACAGUGACAAUUUUCUUUGUUUAAUGAACUUUAACAUGUUCCUGUCA